AUCCCGCGCCUCCGCCCUGCUCUCCCUGUUUGCGCGGGAAAACCAUUAGAAAAAGCGAACGAAACCGCGGCCCGGUCCAACCCCGCCGCCUCCUUCUCCCUCAAGCCUCUCUCUCUCUCUCUCUCUCUCUCUCUCUCUCCAAUCCCCCAAACCCCUGCGUUGUUCACGCCUCGCUCCACGAUGCCCCACCUCCGCUCCCGCGCCAAGGCCAGGAGCGCCUCCCAGCAAUCGCCGCCUCCGGCGGCCGGUGUCCCGCAGGGGACUCCCGCGCCAUCCCCGUCCACAUCCCUCGGCCUCGGCCUCGGCCUCGGCCCCGCCUCCCCCGACGAUGUCUGGGGAUCCCUCAAGUCCCCCGGAGCUGCGGCGCCCCGCCGCAGCCUGCGCCUCGCGGGCGCCGCCAGCCCGACCAUGCCCACGGCGGGGCCUUCGGCGCGAGAAGGCGGUUCCUCUGGUCCCGGGCCCGGGUCGGGUGGGAGCGGGGAGGGGGUUGGGAGGGCUCGGGUUCGAGCCUCCGCCUCCCCUGGCGCCUCGCCGUGGGCCGGGAACUCGGGGAGCGAUGGCGGCGGGUCGGGGGGUAGGGUUUUGGCGGGCGAUGCGGGGACGUCCAUGAGCCUGCGGUCGGGGUCUCAGAUCGCGAAGAGGCGGAUGGAGACGGGCGCUCAGGUGGGUGGAGAGGCGGGGCUUGGAUCAGGCGAAGGGGUUGGGGGUGGAGGCCAGGUGCAUGAUGAAAUGCUGCAGCGGGACACGGGAGCGGCGGCAAAGCGGUGCCAUAUCAUAUUGGUUGGGGGAUUUGAGACGGAGUAUGUGGCUGAUUCGGAGAGCGAUGAUGACGAGGAUUGCGUGAUGCUGGGGGAGCUGGGCAUGAAGAUGCCAGCCGCGCAGUUGCCCACUGGUCCAAGUAUGGUUGCACCGAGUGUGGUUUCGAUGAACAUGGAUAGUGCUGACGAGGCAACUGGGGAUGAUCCUGCCAAGACAGGCAAGGAGGAAAUUGGAGAUGUUAGUAGCGGGGAACAGGAUCUCUUGCACGGGGAGUCUAUGUACACACAUAAUUUGGUUGGGAGGGCAGUUGGCGGCGUGUUUCAACAAUUACCAUAUACUGUAGGAAGCCCUGAAACAGAUAUUUAUGCAGAUAUGUAUUUCAAGGAAGAGUUGAGAAGAUACAAGCCUAGAGAGGUCAAAGGAAGAGGGAAGCUAGUUUUGGGGAAUAACGAUUCUGGUGCUGAUGCUAGUGUGGGUAUUCGAGAUGGUACCAGGACGCACAAAUAUAGUCCUGAUAGUAAAGGAAAGGAAAAGAUGGUUGUAGAAGAUAGUUUAUCAUCUUUGAGCGCAAGUGAGGAUGGUAUGAAUUUGGAUCCAUUAGAUUCUAAAGAGACUCAGAGCAACUCAAGAUCAGUUUCUGCUUCUAUGGAGCCACUUCGGAGGCAAGCAGCAAGAGAGAGGGCUAUUAGGUUGGCCCCUAACUUUGCAUUCUUCAACGCAGAUAAAGAGGAACAUAGUGAAGAUGAUGAUACAGAAGAUUUAGAGCCUGUUGCUGACCCUCAGGACUGGCCAGGUCCAUUUUCAACGGCGGCGAGGAUAUAUGAAGAUAGAGAUGCUAAAUUGAGAGCUCGAGAGUCGAAUUCUUCUAAGCUGUACAAGUCUGCUGAUAAGGUCAUUGUUUGGUCGCCUUUGAAGGAUAGGGAAAACCCAGUACGAGCUGCUCCAUCACUUACAAGCUUAUGCUUAAACACUCUUGCGGAUAAUGCUGAAAGUAUUGAAUCACUUGGAGGUAUUCCAGAGGAGCUAAAGCAUAAACUCUUGAAGAUGCUGUGUCAUUCUAGGAAGAUGAAUACCCAUCUUCUCAAUGAACUAUUGUGUGACAGUCCUACAGAACUGCAGCUUAGUGAGUGCUCAUGGUUAAGUGAGGAUGAUUUUGAGAAAACUUUUGGGAAAUGCAGGACAGAAAACUUGCAGAUUCUGCAGCUUGACAUAUCUGGGCGAUGCAUGCCUGACUACAUAUUGCCUACUACCUUAGCAAAGGUUCCUAACUGCAUGCCUCUGUUGAGAAAAAUAUCUCUGAAGGGAAAUUAUCGUCUUUCUGAUAAGGGUUUAGACACGAUCAUCUCCGCGGCACCUUCUCUAAGUGUUCUAAAUUUGUGCGAGUGUUCUCUUCUUACUUCAUCUGGAAUCGAGAUUCUUGCUAACAAGUUACAUUCAGUACUUAGGGAACUGUAUAUUGAUGACUGCAUAAAUGUGGAGGCUAUGAUGAUCCUCCCUGUUCUACAGAAGAUUAAACAUCUAGAGGUUUUAUCAAUGUCUGGAAUACAAUCUGUCUGUGACAAGUUUGUGAACGAGCUCAUUCCUGUACAUGGUUCAAAUAUUAGGGAGCUAGCAUUUGCCGGUUGCUCGAAACUUACCUCAUCUUCCAUCAAGACUAUUGGGGAAAACUGUCCACAGUUAUCUUCUUUAGACCUUCGCAACUUGAAUAGGUUGCGUGACUCAGCAAUGAGACAUCUUCGCAAUGGUUGUGGGCAAAUAAAGACAUUAAAACUUCAAAGAAACACAUUCAGUGAUGAAUCUGUGUCUCAAUAUUUGGAAGAAUCCGGAGGAUGCCUAACUGAGUUAAUGCUAAACAAUGUUGAGAAGGCUGGAGACCUUACUGCUCUUGCAAUUGCUCGCACGUGUUCUGCUUGCUUAGAGGAUCUGGAUCUUUCCUUCUGCCGUGAACUGACCAAUGAAGCUUUAGGGCUGAUUGUUGACAGCUGCUCAUCAUUGAGGAUUCUCAAGCUAUUUGGGUGUACCCAGAUCACAGAUUUUUUCCUCAAGGGUCACUCAAACCCAUCGGUCAAAAUUGUCGGGAUAGAAGGGAGCAUACUGGAGCAAAUGGAUAACCGCUAGCUUGUGCGAAGAAUGAUGCUAGAAUCCCAUAACUGUUCAGUUGCCUAGCUUAGGAGUCUAGACAUGGAGGUUCUGAAGGUGGCUGCAGCUUCCAGUAGGGAAUUAUUUGUCAACCCACCCUGCUGAAAUUAGUUAGAUGCUCGUAUGGAAACUUUUUUUUUAUGCUUAUUGUUUUCUUCUUCAAUUAAGUUUUCAUGUCAGAUAUGGUUACAAACGGUACAGUGGAAAAUCCGCUGACGCUUUAUGCAAACUAUUGAAGGAAAGUUUACGUGUCAGAUAUGGUUACGAACGGUACUCUGAUCAGUUUUGUUUCAGAUAUGAUGGUGACCAGUGCGUUAGCAAACCGAGUCACUGAUACUAAUCCUGGCAUGUUUUUCCCCAGCAGCAACAUGUAAAGCCGGAAAUGUAAUGUAACUGCAAGAAGCCUUUUUCCCACCCAGAUGCAGUGAUGCAGGACGCUAGAAAGAGUUGCAUUUUUUUUUUGCUGAAUAAGGAGCCUCAUUCCGCAGAAUGAAUACCUGACUGAGCUAUUGUUU